GGGUUGGCUCAGCGCUGUACAUUAGAAUGGGGGACAAGGAAAUGACAAUACACAAUACACGAGGGUUAGAGGGCCCUGCCCUUUCGAGUUAUGUGACCAUUAACCAGUGGCUGACUGACAACUCAUGGGGCCCCCGGGCAAUAGGGGAUCAUGGGGCCCCUAAAUCCUCACCCACACUCAAACCACACCCAAAAAAGCCUAUGAAAGGUACCAGGGGCAUCUCAUGGGGCCCCCUACUGACCCCGGGCCCUCGGGCAGUGCCUGAGUUCCCAAAU